CGGAAGUACGUUGGGGGGCGUGGACCGGCAGAAGGAAAGGCUCCGGUUUCGGCUAGCGAGGCCGCUCUGCCCCGCGUCUUGUUGGUUCCGGAGGAGGUCGCUGAGGCUUUAGGAAAUGCUGGCGCGCGCGGCGCGGGGCACGGGAGCCCUUUUGCUGAGGGGCUCUGUGCAGGCUCCGCGCCGUGCCUCCUCCGGGUUGCCCCGAAACACCGUGGUACUGUUUGUUCCUCAGCAGGAGGCCUGGGUGGUGGAGCGAAUGGGCCGCUUCCACCGGAUCUUGGAACCUGGUUUGAACGUCCUCAUCCCAGUGUUAGACCGGAUCCGAUACGUGCAAAGUCUCAAGGAAAUUGUCAUCAACGUGCCUGAGCAGUCGGCUGUGACUCUUGACAAUGUAACUUUGCAAAUAGAUGGAGUCCUUUACCUGCGUAUUAUGGAUCCUUACAAGGCAAGUUAUGGUGUGGAGGACCCCGAGUAUGCUGUCACCCAGCUAGCUCAAACAACUAUGAGAUCAGAGCUUGGCAAGCUCUCUCUGGACAAAGUUUUCCGGGAGCGGGAGUCCUUGAAUGCCAACAUUGUGGAUGCCAUCAACCAGGCUGCUGACUGCUGGGGUAUUCGCUGCCUGCGUUAUGAGAUAAAGGAUAUCCAUGUGCCACCCCGGGUGAAAGAGUCCAUGCAGAUGCAGGUAGAGGCAGAGCGGCGGAAACGGGCCACAGUUCUAGAGUCUGAAGGGACCCGUGAGUCAGCCAUCAAUGUGGCAGAAGGGAAGAAACAGGCCCAGAUCCUGGCAUCUGAAGCAGAAAAGGCUGAACAAAUAAAUCAGGCGGCAGGAGAGGCCAGUGCAGUUCUGGCCAAGGCCAAGGCCAAGGCUGAAGCUAUUCGAAUCCUGGCUGCAGCUCUAACUCAACAUAAUGGCGAUGCAGCAGCUUCAUUGACUGUGGCUGAGCAGUAUGUCAGCGCAUUCUCCAAACUUGCCAAGGAUUCCAACACAAUCCUACUGCCUUCUAAUCCCAGCGAUGUCACCAGUAUGGUGGCUCAGGCCAUGGGUGUAUAUGGGGCCCUCACCAAAGCCCCAGUGUCAGGAGUCCAGAACUCAGUCUCCAGCGGGAGCAGCAGAGAUGUCCAGGGCACAGAUGCAGGUCUUGAGGAACUGGAUCGAGUCAAGCUCAGUUAGUGAAGAUGGCUUGGCCAGGGAGUCUGGGGACAAGGAACACCACUCUUGGAUUCUGUCCCUCGCCUUACUGCCAAGAUUCUAGUUUUUAUUUUUUUAUUUGAACUUACUAAUCAUGUAAUAAACUUACCCAUGGCAAAUUGGAAA